AUGAGCUACACAAUAGUGGCAAGGCUUUACCAUGACGAUUAUGGCUCUUAAGUAUCUCCUUGGGCAAUUGUUCAUGGUCGAUGGUAAACGUGUACCAAAUGCAUCUGAAGUGUAUAAUGAAGGCAAACGUAUUUAUUUUUGUCGACAAAACAAUUGACUCAGAUUUAAAAAAUCCAUAGUAAGCUUUUGUAUAACGAUGAAGAAAUUAUUGAACGCAGAAAGGAUACAUGCGGCUUCUCACAGCGCUUAUUCCGCGUUACGCGCGCUGAAAUAUUAUCCCGUUUAACCAGCACGGUCAGUUUGCCUAGUCGGAUCCCUUGUGUGUGGGUGUUGUUCGGUUAGCUGAGUGUGGUUAUAUCGGUGACAAUGCCAACACCAUUUGUCGUUUCAUUCUUGGCAUUUCUGAUACCAUAUUCGACAGCGGUCUGUCAUUCUGCAAACCUUACUGGGAAAAUAAUAGGAGAAACUUCACGUUUUCAACAGAUCCCCAAAUCUGAUCUGUAUAGAUGCGCCAGUGACUGUCUCCGUUUCAGCAUUUGUAAGGCGUUUGACUUCGGACUCAGUGAUAGAAUCUGUUCCCUGUACAUGGAAUCUACCGACGAGAUGUCCGUGGAAAACAAUCCCGACUUCAUAUACGGCAAUAUUGGCCUGUGGCCGAAGACAGCAGGUGUGUGUGCGAACCAUGUCUGUUCCAAGUUCCAACAGUGCCGCGUUCGAAGAAAUGGACGUCCAAGCUGCGAUACCAGGGAAAUGUGUACACUGCUGUCGCGAAGGCAAUCAAAGUACUGUCUGGACUUGGUACAGGGUAACGUCAAUAGUCUCGUGCAGGCUAUCACUGUCUGUAGUGCCAGGGGAAAGCAACUCGCAAUGCUGGACUCUGAGGGCAAGAAUAAUCUCUACAAAACGUAUCUCAAGAUACACGGAGAUCCAACGAUAUCGGCGUAUGUUCAUGGCACGGAUGAAGAGGUGGAGGGCAAAUGGGUUUGGGGCAAUGGCAAAUUGUUUGAGUUCAUAGACUGGAAGACGGAUAAGCCAAACAACUUUGGAGGUAUUGAACAUUGUCUUGCUGCUGAUGCUGACGGGUGGAAUGACAUCGGUUGUAACGAUCGUUGUGGCUAUACAUUGUGCGAAAUAACAUAUUGAUAAGGGCAUAAGGGAUUAUAUUUCUGUUACAUCUGAACCAGGCACUGAGAGCACGACCCGAGCCGUCGGGGAGUGAUGGCGCAGAUUGCAGCAUGUGGCACGGUAUAUCAUCUGAGGCGACUCCAACGAGUACAAGUGGCUUUAGUUUGGUUUGGUUUGGUUUGUUGUUUAACGCCGCACUCAGCAAUAUUCCAGCUAUAUGACGGAGGUAUGUAAAUAAUCGAGUCUGGACCAGACAAUCCGGUGAUUAAUAUCAUGAGCAUCGAUCCAUCGAUCCAUUCAAGGACAA